AUGGGAAGGAAAAAAAUACAAAUCUCUCGUAUCCUGGACCAGCGGAAUCGACAGGUACAACUCUUUGAUUGUUUCUAUCACUUUCUAUCAUUAUUGUAUUUGCCAUGGUUUAGUUAAACAGUCACUCAUAAUAAAUAAUACAUUGAACCAAUAUGUUUCUGUCCCCAGGUGACGUUCACCAAGCGUAAGUUUGGCCUGAUGAAGAAGGCAUAUGAGCUGAGUGUGCUGUGUGACUGUGAGAUCGCCCUCAUCAUCUUCAACAGCACCAACCGUCUGUUCCAGUACGCCAGCACUGACAUGGACAAGGUCCUGCUCAAGUACACUGAGUACAGCGAGCCUCAUGAGAGCAGGACCAACACAGACAUAAUGGAGGUAUAAAUACAUUACUAGGUCCACACAUUACUCAACAUGUUCUCCUAUAGAGUAUGUAUAGUAAUUUGUUAUAUCCAAAGUUCCAAUUACAUUCAUUCCCAAUGAAGACACACAGUUGAGAGAGCUUUUACUUUUAAAUGCAUAAGCUUAUGAAAUGCUUACUUGGGCACCGCUAUAAAGCAUUGAAAAAACAAUGUCGGUACGGCCAACUUCUGUAUCGUUAGGACAUCCCCAAGAGGCAAUAGUAUAAACAGGCUGUAGUAUGAGGUAUCCUUGAGGUAAUGUCUGUGUGCUGCUCUUUUCUCUGUCCUGUUGCUGUAGACUCUGCGGAAGAAAGGCCUGGGUCUGGACGGGACAGAGCUGCUGGACACUGAGGAGCCCAUGCAGGUGGCAGCAGAGAAGUACAGUUCACUCAGCGAGGGCAUGGACCUCACUUUGACCCGCCAGCGCUACUAUGUAAGUACUCACUGCUGUCUGAGCCAAAGGCUGUAAAUGGACUAAAGCUGUUUCAUUGAUUUAUUUUAUUUGGUGAAGAAUGGCACAGUUUGAGAAAAUUAUUCUAUUGAACGAUCAAAGCAUUAAUUUGACUCAGUGAGCACAUUUUGUACUUAAAGAGACACUUUAACAGUACAAUGCAGCUGUAAUAGACCUAACUUUCUGAUCUUAACUGAAACAGACACUCUCCCAUAUUUCCCUUCAGGCCCCCUCUCUGCUCUCACCAGAGGCCCAGUUCCUGGUGUCUGGUGACUGUGAGAAUGGAUACCCCAACUCGUCCAAUCCCAGCCUGAGCUCCAACAGACCCCCGGCCUUCAAGCCCCUGGGCCCCAGACCAGGCUCAGCCAGCCCUGCAGGGCCCCACAGCCACGCUGCCUUCGUGUCUCCACACUCAGGUGAGACCUGGCCCCUAGUUAUUUUCAAACAUUCCUAGAGGGUUAGAGGUACCAUUCUUGCCAUGGAUUGCCUACAGAAUGUGAGGCCACCUCAGUGCUGUGCAGCUGACUGUGAAAACAGGAAGUGUGUGUGUGUGUGUGUGCUGUGUGAAACAGCGUUUGGAGGCUGAUCUUUAGUUUCUGAGCAGUGAGUGUGUUUUUUUGUUUGUUUUGUUUUUAUAUUAUUAUUAUUAUUUUUAUUUUUUUUCACCUUUAUUUAACCAGUUAAGCCAGUUGAGAACAAGUUCUCAUUUACAACUGUGACCUGGCCAAGAUAAAGCAAAGCAGUGCGAUAAAAACAACAACACAGAGUUACAUAUGGGGUAAAACAAAACAUAAAGUGAAAAAUACAACAGAAAAUAUAUAUACAGUGUGUGCGAAUGUAGUAAGUUAUGGAGGUAAGGCAACAAAUAGGCCAUAGUGCAAAAUAAUUACAAUUAGAAUUAACACUGGAAUGAUAGAUGUGCAAGAGAUGAUGUGCAAAUAGAGAUACUGGGGUGCAAAUGAGCAAAAUAAAUAACAAUAUAGGGAUGAGGUAGUUGGGCGGGCUAAUUUCAGAUGUGCUGUGUACAGGUGCAGUGAUCGGUAAGGUGCUCUGACAACUGAUGCUUAAAGUUAGUGAGGGAGAUAAGUGUCUCCAGCUUCAGAGAUUUUUGCAAUUUGUUCCAGUCAUUGGCAGCAGAGAACUGGAAGGAAUGGCGGCUAAAGGAGGUGUUGGCUUUGGGGAUGACCAGUGAGAUAUACCUGCUGGAGCGCAUACUACGGGUGGGUGUUGCUAUGGUGACCAAUGAGCUAAGAUAAGGCGGGGAUUUGCCUAGAAGUGAUUUAUAGAUGGCCUGGAGCCAGUGGGUUUGGCGACGAAUAUGUAGUGAGGACCAGCCAACAACAGUUGUACCUGCUGGUCAUCUCAGUUCAGCUCAACUCCACUCUUCAUACUCUAUAGUUAUUAGUAGGGAUGCCACUCAAUGGUUUGCCAUCGCAACUGAGCUAUGUAGUCAAGUAACGCUGCAUUUUGAAAUGCUAUACACUGUACAUUAUGAUGCUUGUCAUUUUCCCUUUUUAUCAAUACAGAUCAGAGCAAAACGUAUGUAAACAAUAUUAUGCUUACUGAGUUAAUCCACUAUCAAGGUGUGAAUAAAUGUUUCGUUAUGAGGUUAACAUUAAUAAUGUACGUUUUGGUAAUCUGAAGUGCCAGAUGUCUUUAAGAGAUAAAGUUCAAGCCUAAAAAAGAACUUCUGUUUUACAGGUGGAGCGAGUGAGAGAGAUUGAGAGAGAGUGAAUGAGUGUUCUGUCUGUGAGUGAAACAUUAUUCUACCCACAUCUUGUUUCUCACUUCCUAUUUGUUUUCUCUCUGUAAAAGGUAUUGGCUACUCCAUGUUCUCCCAUAGCAACCGGAGCCGGGCCUUGGAGAUGAAGACUCCUCCCCCUUUGAACCUGGGCAAUGACAACCGGCGGGCAGAGAGCAACCCUAGCAUGGGUGGCAUUCGCGCCAACCUCAACAGUGCU